AUGCCCGCCCGACUGGCCGCCGACGCCCUGCGCCCUACGGCCCUCCCCCUGCCCGCACCCUAUCUGGCUGAGCGCCGCAGCGGGCGCCGGAGCGGCUCUGCCGCUGCUGCUGCUUGUCGGCCUGCCUGUGGCACUGCCGGACCUGCUGCUGCAAGCCUGGCGCCGUCCCUUCUGCUACCAGCCCCCUCCGCAGUGCUGAGCGCCCCCCACGCCCUGGCGCCCCCCCAAUUGAGCCCGCGCGCAGCUUCAGCUUCUUCGGCGUCAACCUGUGCCUGCUCCGCCUGGCACCCAAUCUGGGCCCGGUGUCGUACGACGUGGCACAUUCGGCCUGCAGCCCGGGCUACACCUGAAGCUGCUGGGCAGCGGGCUGCUGCUGGCCUCGCGCUACCCGCUGCUACGCGCAGAUUUCCAGUCCUCCCUCACGCACGUCGCGAGGAUGCGCUGGCCUCCAAGGGUCUACUUUCUGCACAGGUGCCCGCCCACCGGCCGCGGCGCUCCGGCACCCGGAAGGGGGCGGGGCAUGGGGUCGAACGCGCGAAGGUCCCCAAGCGCAGCUGGGCAUCCCGGACGGGCGCCGCAUCGUGGGCUUUCCUGCACUGCACGUAUUUGCAUUCGCCGAGCGAGGACGGGCUCCUGCGCCGCACACAGCUGACGCUGUUGCUGGACUGGGCCGAGCUGUCCGAGGUUGAGAGCCGCCAAAGUGACGAGGCCGUGGCCUUCAGUGUGCGCCUGGGUGACCUAAACUGCGCGCUUAGGAACGCGGCUGAGAUCCUGCCGUCUCCGCCACUCCGUGGCCUGCUCCGCCGAGAUGCUGAGGGCCUUGGAGCAGGAGGAAGGGCGCCGCCACUCCCUGGCAGGCCCUCCCAGGGGAGGCCGCCCGGCUGAGCACUGGCGGGCCGGCGCCUGGACUACGUCACCUACCGAGGAGGACCCGGAGGCGUUCUGAGCCCAGUACGUGCCAGAGCUCAGGGUGCUGGGCCUGCUGGCGCUGGGGCGACCCCUCAACCUGACUCCUGCCCCCAAGAGGUGGAACGGGUGACAUUCAGCACCGCCCUGGCGGGGCUUACAGACCACCUGGCUGUGGGACUUGCAAGCCCUCCUAAGGCAGGUACGGAGGAGACAGGUGCCAGCACGGGUGGAAAGACAGGGACGCAGAACGUGAGCCUGGCCAGCCGCCACUGGAACAGGACGACUUCAGGGAUCUUUAUUGUGCGGGGCCCUCCCUCACACAGUCUCCUGGGCCCUGCGGUACUCAUAGACGCUGCCCCGCUCAGGGAAGGCUAGGGGCUGCAGGAGCGACGCCGGCAGAGGGGCGGGGUCCUCUGGGUCCCCAUAGCCCCCGCCGCCUGGUGUGUGGAGACAGAACACAUCCUGUGGGGCAGAGGGGAGGUUCAGCGUGGGGAUGGGCUCUGCCUGUCUCCUGCCGCCAUCCCAUCCCCGGCGGGGCAGUGCGGCCACAGCAGCCAGCUGGGACCCCAGAGUCUGCAGCCCCCAUCCUUCAGGGGCCAAAUUAAACUCCGUCUCUAGUUA